AUGGGUGGUGAGCAAUUGGAAAAAACCAAGGUAAUUUCAUAUUUUUUCCACACUUUACCAUCAAAACAUUUGGAUUUUUGCAGACAUCAAAGAAGAUCUCACCACCUACGAUUGCUCGAAAAAGAUCGGGAGAUGAGAAGGAUUUUGUUGAUGAUAAGGUAGGCAUUUUUUUAGCAAGAAAAUAUUUUGUGACUUGAUAUAACUUGUUUUCCCGAUUUUUCGAAACUUCUAACAAGUCUUUGUGUGUAUUUUUGCUUAUGGGAAUUUUUCUGGAAAAUUCCACUGUUUCAAUUUUUCUUGAAGCUUCGGCGUGAGGACGCUGAAAAAAUUUUAUGAUUUUGACUUUUUCCAAAUCUGGAAAUUAAGCAUCAAAAAAGAGUCAAAAAUUCCAACAAAAUUGGAAAUUUCAAGAAAUAUUUAUCAUAGAAACAAAGAGGCUACAAUAUUUUUAACAAUAAAAAACAGAAUUUCAAAUCGGCAUAACCUUGAAGAUAAAACAUAAUUGUCUAAAAAUUUCCGAAGUUUUGAACUUUGAAUAUUUGGGACUCGACUUUCUCACAUGAUAACAAUUUUCACAAAAGUUACAAGUGUCGGAAAGCCUUGUCAAUCCGAAAAAUUUUGAAAAAUAUCAAAUUCUGUAUCACACCACUAACUCAUUUUACCUUCCCGCUUCACUGAUUUUUUUUCGUUCGUUAUCCAUGAUUUCAAUUACUCAUUUUAGUUCUGUUAAUUGUUUUCCUUAGUUAGUUGUUUUUCUCGAUUUCCAUUGAUUUAUUUAUCGAUUUAGCUCUCUUCUCAUCCUCUUCAUUCUUCUCUUCUGCAUUCUUCAAAACGUGCCCGUCGAAACUGGUCACUUUUUUCAUCUCGACUUCAAAAAGUGAUAAAUGGAUCUUCGCAAAUCACGCACUGCUUUGUUGAUUUGAAAUUAUUCACAAUUUCGUUAUUAUCACAAAAUUAUAUAUCAAUCACACCUUCUUCAUAUUUUAGUAAUUCUUUUUAUUUUUCUCCACUAAUUGCAUUUGUGCCUAAACAAAACGUGACUUUGAAAAAACUGGUGGAUGGCUUUGAUAAUACGGGAAAUGUUCGAAUUUGGCCAGCAAGUGAAGCAAUUGCUCAUUUGAUUAUCACAAAACAAAUCGAUUUGUCAAAUUGUCAAAAUGUUUUGGAAAUUGGAGCUGGAUUUAUGGGAUUAACUGGUUUCAUUGCUGCAAAAUUAUACAAAAAUUGUCAAGUCUCGAUAACUGAUGGCAAUAUUGAAAGUGUUCAAAAUCUUAUCAAAAUUCGAAAUCUUAAUCGGGAUUUGGAAGAAAAUGUGAAAAUUGAUCAAUUAAUAUGGGGAACCAAUGAGCUCAAUACGAAAUUUGAUGUGAUUUUUGCAGCUGAUUGUAUUUUUUUCAAAGAAUGUCAUGAAAAUAUUAGAAAGUGCCUUGAAUCUCAUCUGAAUGAUAAUGGAAUAAUUUAUAUAUCAAGUCCGAAACGAAAAGGAAGCCUAAAACAAUUUGAAGAAUAUAUCAGUGAUUAUUUUGAGAUUAUGUAUAUAGAAGAUAUCAAUAAUGAAUUAGAAUUGUAUUGGAAUAUUGAUAUUGAUGAAAACUUACCUGUUAUUUGUAUUUUGAAAAAAAGAAAAAAUGAAGGCAUUUUCACAAGUAUUUUGAUAUCACAACACAACAACAAUAUCGAAAAAUUAUAUACUUAAAUAGGAAAAAUUAUCAGUGAAUUUAUAGGAACUAAUGGCUGCUGUUCAAUUGAGUGUUUUGAAAACUUCUGAUGAUGUUUGUCAAAUUGUUGGAGAACGAAAUGGUCAGAAUCUGAAAUUUAAUGAAGAAGUUAUCAGUCGAGUUUCGGCAUUGGUAUGGGAUACUGUAGUUGACACGUGGGUUGAUGAUUUGGCCGCAUUUUCGAAUCAUGCUUCAAGGCAACAAGUGAAUUUGGAUGAUAUUGCGAUGUUGACAAGAAGAAAUUCAGAGUUGGUAAGUUUAAAGAUUUUUUGAACCCCUCGUUUACCCAAAAUUUUAAUCAACAUCAAGCCUUACGAUUUUUGAACUUUAAUUUUUAUUACAGUUCCAACAAGUUCGAGAAAUGACAAGUUUGGGAAAAAGCAACAUUGCCACAAUAACGAAUACCAAUAAUCCGACAAAAAGUCGAAAAAGAAAAUCAGUGGAACCCAAAGUUGAAGUGAUAGAAAAAGAGAAAUCAUCAUCACCAGAAGUAAUUCUCGCAAAAACCCCAACUCCUUGUUCAUUCCUCAAAACACCAACAGUAAAAAGAAUGACUUCGACGCCAAAAGUUGGAUCAAAUAUAGCGAGAGCUGAAUUAUUUGUCACUCCUAUUAGAUCUUCGAAUGAAAAAGAAAAUGGAGAAGAACUGGAAAAGGAAGAUGUAUUUCAAAUGACUAAAAUUGAAGAGGAAAAUGAGGAAGAAGAAGAUUCUUUUGAUAAAAUAUUCGCGAGUCAUGUUGCUUCAACUUCAUCGGUGAGUUUUUCGGGGCUGUUUUCGAACAUACUUUAACGAUAUCAGUUUGAAAUGAAUUUUAAGUGUGACUCUAAAUGAUUAGCUAUCUUCAAAUUCCAACAAAUUUCUCUAGAAACCCAACAUGAGCUCUCUUAUUCGAAUGGCUGAAGAGAAUCCGCUUCCCGGUGAAAAUACUCUUUUGGAAAUUGAGGAAAGAGAUCGAAUUCAGGAACCAGUUGAAGAAAAACAAGAAGAAUAUGAUUCAUUUGAUGAUGAUAUUAUUGUGGAAAAUGUGAAAGCUGUUGCGAAAAAUCACACGACGAUUAAAAGUGAGGUUUUGAAACAGAUUUCUUAAAUUAUGGUUUAGAAAAACAAUUUCAAAAUUCCAGAUGGCACAAAAAGUCCUGAUUUGUUUGCUGAUUCGAGUGGUUCAAAUAAUAGCACACUGAAAAAUAAGGAAACAUCAUCGACUAUUGAUAAAUCGAAUACUGUAUUCUCCAAAAGUACUGUAGUUUUUCAUCCAAUUUUCUGAGAUAACCUUCGUAUUUUAUUCCAGAACUCACCACUUUUAAUUUUGAUGAAGAUUCGAUGGAUGCUCCAAGAAAAACACAAAAAUCACCCGAAGUUUUUGAUAUUGAUGAUGAAGAUUCUUUCGAUGCUCCGAUUCCAAAUGUUCCGAUUCCAAACAAAUCGGAGCAGCGAAAUACUCCGAAAUUUAUUGAUAUUGAUGAGGAUUCUUUUGAUGCGCCUGUAAAAGCCCCGAAAGCUGAAAAUCAAAGCCAGGUUGGCCAAGAAACACCCAAAAAUGUGCCGAUUCCGAAAUGGAGGGUCACCAAAGAAAAGUAAGUUUUCAAACAAAAAAAAAGAAAAUCUUGAAAAAAAAAUGGUUUUUUUAGAUGGGCUAAUAUGAAAUCGACUUCUUCUCCAAGUUCAUCUCAAACUUCUCAAAAAUCAACAACAAAAACGACACCGAAACGAAAUAAUUUGAGCAUGAAUAAUGAUAGUUUCGAUGAGUUUGAUUUUGAUGUAUAG